GAUGAGAAGAAAUGAGACACUCGUCAAGUUUAUAUAAAUUGAAGAUGGAUUUUAAACCUUAUCGUAUACGCUUAUGAUAAAAAAUGGAUAGGUAUUGACCUUUUUUGACAGUUCAUUUUCCAUCCUUGAUCUUUCCCCCCCCCCCUUGCGUUUCCUCUCCCUCCCCUGAAAUAAAUAAAUAUCCCGAGUUUUUUAACCUACCUAGAUAGAUACCUAUCUAUCUAAUGAGAACAAAACAAUCCAAAUCCAAGUUUUACACAAAUUCUCGUCAAAGUGAUAUAUACUUGGUUAUCUUCUAGUGUUCAAAGUUCGCUAUGGCUGCUCUAAAAAACACCAGGAGCUUAAAAACACUAUCGGUUUUGAGGCCUAAUUAUGGCUCACAAGUAACCAUCAGAAGAAACUUAAAUUUGCAAGAAUACCAUAGUAAAGAUUUAUUACGGAAACACCAAGUAACAGUUCAAGACUUUCGUAUUUUAGACGAUUCUCUUAAUCCAAAGGCACUUUCUGGAUUUAGAGCAAAUGAAUAUGUCGUUAAGGCACAAAUUUUGGCUGGCGGCAGAGGAAAAGGUCAUUUUGAUAAUGGAUUUAAGGGUGGUGUACAUUUGACGAAAAAUCCCAAUGAAAUAGUGGAUUUAGCCAAAAAUAUGAUUGGUCAUAAGUUAAUAACAAAACAAACCCCUAAAGAUGGCAUAAAAGUAGAUAAGGUCAUGGUGGCAGAGAGUGUGACAAUAAAAAGAGAGACUUACUUAAGUAUUCUUAUGGAGAGGAGUUACAAUGGAGCAGCAUUGGUAGCAUCUCCAGCAGGAGGUAUGGAUAUUGAGGCUGUAGCUGAGGAGACCCCUCAUUUACUGAAGACUGUUCCCAUAGAUAUCUAUGAAGGAGUCACAGAUAAAAUUGCAAAUGAAGUAGCUGAAUUUUUGGAAUUCAAAGGUGCAUUAAAGAAAAAAUGUGCAGAUGAAAUUAAGAAAUUAUGGGAUUUAUUUUUAAAGGUGGAUGCUACACAACUGGAAAUCAAUCCCUUGGUGGAGACUGAUGAUGGCAGGGUGGUCGCAGUGGAUGCUAAGAUCAAUUUUGAUGACAAUGCCCAGUUCAGACAGAAGGACAUAUUUGCUCUUGAUGAUGUUUCCGAAACUGAUCCCAGAGAAAGAGAAGCGGCUUCAUAUAACUUGGUUUACAUUGAUAUGGAUGGCAGCAUUGGUUGCAUGGUCAAUGGCGCGGGUCUGGCCAUGGCUACCAUGGACCUCAUCAAUCUCAACGGCGGCAGACCUGCCAACUUCCUAGAUCUUGGUGGUGGAGUCGGUGAAUCACAAGUUUCAGCAGCUUUGAAAAUCCUCGAAUCAGACCCUAAAGUGAAGACCGUAUUUGUGAAUGUUUUUGCAGGAAUUGUCAAUUGUGCAACGGUUGCCAACGGUAUCGUGGCGGCGUGCAAGAAAAAUCCUCCUAAACAUCCUAUGGUGAUCAGGCUGGAAGGCACCAAUGCUCAAGCCGCGAAGAAAAUACUCGAGGAAUCGGGACUUCCGUUGACCAUCAUCAAUGACGCUGACGAAGCUGCGAAAACUGCCGUCAAAUUGGCUCAGGAGAAUUGAACAGAAAAUAAUUGUGGCCAUGAACAUCAAAAUGGUCAAUUCGAUUUGCAGAUUAGCCUAAGUGCAUGUGUAAUAUCUAUACGUAACAAUGGUCAACUCUAGCUUUGGCAUAAGAAAUAAUUAGAAGCUAAGAGAAAGACAUAUAAUUAGGAUAAGACUGCACAGCAUGCUUAGGGCCACUUUGUUUUUUUUGUCAGUUGUUGACUGAAGUAAUAGAAUCACUUUUUUAUUUUAUACAGGUUGAAACCGGAUUUAUUUACAUAGACUUAAUUACUAACACAUCUUGAAGACUUCCCAACACUUUGUAAGGAUUUUUCGAGGUCAGAUAUUGAAUGAAGUAAUAGAAUCACUCUUUUAUUUUAUACAGGUUUAAACCGGAUUUAUUUACGUAUUAAAUUAGAAUUAAUCACUAACACAACUCCCAAGACUUGAAGACUUCCCACUAACUUCUAAAAAUGUUGAUUAUUUUUAAGACUGUACAUAGUGCAAUAUAGUUAUUUGUUUUAAA